ACGCGACGAUCCCUCUCCUCCGUCCGUUCCUUCUACGUUCACCCACCGAUCUCUCUUCCUCCCGGCGUCGGCGUCGGCGUCGGCCGUCGCCAGCGCCGGCCGGCCAUGGGUUGCGGUGGCUCCAAGGAGGCCGUGGCCACCGGCAACACCACUACCAGCGCCGGCGGCGGCAAGCUCCUCCGGAGGAAGUCCUCCGUCGUCUCCACCGGCGCAAGCCAUACCUCCUCCACGUCGUCGUCCGGCAACGACACAACCGGCGUCGCCGUCAACGACGUCGUGAAGGAUGCGGAGGUAGCAGCCGGCGAGGUGACGUCCGCCGACGACGCCGAGAAGCCUGUCUCUGUCGACUCGAAGCAGGGAGACGCCAUCGUGGUGAUGUCCCUCGAGAAGCCCGCCGCCGCUGCCGUCGUCGUGGAGACCAAGAAAGAGGAGGAGGAGGUGGUGGUCCUUAAUAAGGAUGUCGUCGUCGCUGACGACGUCACUUCUGCUCCUGCCGCCGCCGCCGCCGCCGCUGCCGUCGUGGAGGUCAAGAAACAGGAGGAGGAGGAGGAGGAGGUGGUCUUCGUUAAUAAGGAUGUCGUCGUCGCUGACGACGUCGCUUCUUCUGCUCCUACUCCUGCCGCCGCCGCUGCUGCCGUCGUCGUGGAGGCCAAGAAAGAGGAGGCCGUGGUGGUCAGUAAGGACGUCGACGUCGGCGUCGCUUCUGCUCCUACUCCCGCCGACGGCAUGGCGAUCGAAGCCGCGGCGGCCGAGCCAGAGCCAGAACCAGAACCUGAACCUGAGCAGCAGGACAACACGGUGGUAGCGGUGGUGGAGGAGGAUCUGCUUCCUGAAUCCACCAUGGCCGACGAGGCACCUGUGGAGGAGGAGGAGGGCACCAAGGAGUUAGCACCACUCAAACUCAAACUCAAAGACGACGGGGAGGAGGAGGAGAAGACGGUUGAGAGCAAAAACCUCGAAGAGGAGGAGCACAAGGCCACGUCGCCUGCUCCUACAAAUGAGGAUGGGGAAUCAGCUGGGCAGAUGCAGAACACCACGGAACCCGUGGAGGCCAAACCGGCGGUCGAUGAGCACAAGGCGGAGGAGGCGGCCGUCGUCCCAGCACCGCCGUCGGCGGAGGAGAAGACCACCACCGGCACCGACGAACAGACCGCUGCCACCGUCGUCGCGAGCGAAGUGGCCGCCAACUAAUCAACACAGAUUAGAAGGAGGCCGCGAAGAUCUAGACGACGUGCGUGCAGCGCGCGCAUCGAUCAUGCAUGCAUGCAUAUUGCUGAAUUCGGGCGGGUUGUGUGUCUGUCACUCUGUCUGUCUGUGUUUAUCGAUCUGAUGCAUGAUGAUGCAUGGAAUGCGUUCGUUGUACGUGGGGUGGACUUGAAUAUUAAUGUGCUCGAUCGAUCCAAACCAUUCUCGCGAAGCCAAAGGCGCUGUCUAUGGCGGCGUACAAUACAAAGUAA